AUGAGCCUCGACAGCCUCCCACCAGAGGUACUCGCCGUCGUCGUCGCCCACCUCCCGCUCCGCGCCACCGCCGUGCGCCCCCACUCAUCGCUCGUCUCGCUCGCGUCCACCUCGCGCCACCUGUACGCCGCACUCGAGCCCGUCAUCAACCGCACCGUCGCACUCGACUCGCACAAUCAGGCCCAUGCACUCGCGCGAGACGCCCCUGCACGCCACCGCGCCCUCGUGAGGGCUCUUCACCUCCGCGCCCCGUUGUCGACCUCGGCAAGCACAACCUGGACCAUCGACGACCUCGACCUCCUCGUCCACCGGCUCAACGCCCUCACCGACCUGCACUGCACCGCCCUCGCCGCCGACCCGUUCGACACCCUCGCCGUUCUCGCGCAAACCGGCACCGCGACUCGCCUCGACCACCUCGACCUCGACUUUGCCCCCUCCUCGGCCUCGCCGUGCCCCAGCUCGUCGUCCGGCGACGUCGAUGCGGGCACGAUGCCGCUCCCAUCAUGGCUGCGCGCGUGUCUCGCCGAGUGCCCCGAGCUGCGCUCCCUCGCCGUGCGCAACAUGCCCGCCGUCGCGCCUCGCCCCGCCGCGCAGUCGGGCUCCGGCGAGACCGGCCGCCCUCAGACGAGGCUCGAGCGACUCGAGCUCGAGGCGACAGAGCUCGACGAUGCGGCGCUCGACGAGGUGCUCGGGGCGGCGGGUGCCACGCUCGACACGCUGCGGCUGCGGCGGUGCGGCGGGUGGACGAGCGCAGGGCUCGUCAGGGCCGUUCGCGAGCACGGUGCGAGGCUUCGGCACCUCGAGAUCGUCGUCGGCGAGGCGUCGUCCGGCGCGCCAUCCUCGUCCUCGACACCGUCCUCCUCCCCUCCUCCUGCCGCGUCACCGCUCGCCCACGUCGUCGACGACCUCCUCCUGUACCUCCCCCACCUGACCACCCUCACUCUCUCCUCACCCGCAACCGUCCCUCGCGCCGCGCUCAUCUCGCCUGCCGCGCUCGCCCUCCUCCCGACCCACACCCCGCACCUCGCCGCGCUGCACCUCGACGGCCCGCACAUGGCGUCCGACGUCCUCCCGCUCGUGCGACCUGCGCCAGAUGCCGCAACCCUGCGCCACCUGCGCGUCGUCUCGCUGCACCGCCCGGCGCCGCCGCUUGGCGGAGCGUGCGACGUUAGCGCCGCCGCGAGCGCGCCCCACGACGGCCGGACCGGCGAGACCGACGACGCGGCGGCGCAGGAGCUGUGGGCGGCGGCGCUGCAGCGCGAGGUGCGGCUCGAGGGCGCCCAGUUUGAGCGCGCGAGGACGAGGCUCGAGUGGGCGAAGGGCGCGGCGUGGGAGCUCGUGCGCGACGAGGCGGCGGCAGCAGGGGCGGUGGCGGGACCGGGCGCGAGCGCGAGGAGGAGGAAGCGGCCGAGCUUGCUGUAGAUGUGCGCCCGCAACCACGAGUUCGAGCUGU